CACGCAUAUAUUGCCGCCUCGUCGCACGGUGCUCAUUUUUCACGGACUGUCGAUCCUGCUGGUAACUGAAGCGUGCCCGGCGUGGUACCCUGCCCAGCCCCUCAGGUCGCCGUCGAGGAAUCAAGAGCGCAUCAGUUAGUUCGCGGUCGCGGUUGCACGCUGUUGCCGUCCGCUACAAACCUGGCAACGAUCAUUUCGUCAUUUGCAUUUGAACGUGAGUGUUAUAAUUUGUCAUCGUGAAGGUUUCUCAAAACAGAUCAGAUACAGGCGUUGAUGGAAUUCGAGGAACACACGAAGGAGCACUCGCACGGUGUUUUUGGAAGCUUCGUCGAAUAAUCGUCUCCGGAGAUUAAGUAAAAUCAAACAUCGAAAUAGGCAAUUAAGGAAAGCCAUGGUUCGGGUAGUAUUGGAAGAAACGGCUCUAUCGUAAUCACCGGAAGAAAGAAACUUUUAACGGAUCGAAUGCGGUUGAGGAUCGUUGUAGGCCGAGGGAUUGAUGGCGAAUGCAUCGACGAUGUAACUGGGAGUCGUGUUUGAUCGUGAAUAAAACUCACACGAGCUCGAGAAGAUGAAAUCGAAAGUGAAUCUAGUUACGAUUUUAUUAACUCUGAGCUGCGUAUUACGCGUGAUGGAAGCUUUGAAGUCGGACAAUCAGCAUGCAAACCACAAAGAGUAUCCUGUUGCGAAAAAGGUUAUCAAGGAGGUUCACAAUAAAGCUGCACCUACGGCUCUGCUACGUGGGGAGGAUAAAACGAAAGUAGUGAAAACUCUAACCAGGAAUACUGGUUUGGGUUUGUCGAAAGAUUAUUUACACGCACCAGACCGUCCUCGCCGAAGGAAGCGGAAGAUGGAUCGCACAAUAAUGGCGCUGCUAAUGGCCUACAAGCUGAAAUUCGUCGCUCUGAUUCCAACCAUGGUCGGAGGGUUAAUCCUGUUAAAGGCCACUGCGUUACUCGCGGGCUUCUUCUUCGCGUUAUUCGCCGCGGUUCUCGGUCUGAAAGUAAAGUGAGAACAACACCGCUGUCAAAGUACGAGAUCGAUACUGUUCCUUUCGGUAACAGAACGAUCGUCACGAUUGGUCGAUGCAUUUAGUUUUGAAUUCUCGAUCGCGUAAAUCGCGAACACGUAUCGUCUUGCCGCGAACCAUACGAUCCUAUCGGACGUAGGCGUAAGAAUGUAACAUAUUAUGUAUCUCGUUUGUGUAGCGAUAGAAUAAGCGAUAAAAAUGAUUAAAUCGUUGUAUCUUCCUUAUUCACGUCGAUUACGUGCCUGUUUAUUCGAUCUCAGUCUUGAUCCAUCGGCAAAGUCGAUGUUACAAAAAUCAAUGGGUUAACAAUAGUUAUAUCGUAGUAAUAAAUAUCAUGGCGUUCAAUAAAUAUUAUAUAACUCGUAUCUUAGGCAAUUAAGUUAUUCGAGAGGUGAAGCUCAGAAUAUUUGCGAAGAAACGAUUACGAAUCGGAUUUAGAAGUUAUUUUCGUUGCUUACAGGUCGUUUCAAACGCAAAAAUGUCUCGACUCGGUUCCGUUAGAAGCUCGCGUGCGUGGAAACCAUUCCGUAGCUAUUAUCAUGCCGAAUGCUUUCCCGGUUGACGGGAAACGAAAAUGAGUGACAGCUAGGGUAUACGGUGUAUCGUCCGUCGCGUGACGGCAUCUGAAAAUGUCGCUAACGUUCACGAUAUGCAUUUAGCUAACAAUUAUCACGCUUGUUUCCCGCAUUCACUGUUAUCUGUGUCGCUUAGAUACUUUUCAAAUUAAUUUCUACAGGGUAAAAUUUAGAAGAAAAUAAUUAAUCAACUAUGAGAGUUAGAUGAUUCGCAUGUUUCUUCAUAAAUAAUUGAACAAUAUACAUAGAAGCGCCAACGAUUUCUUGAAGAGAGGCUUGG